AUGAAGGUUUUUAAAGUAUCGCAAAUAUUUAUAUUGAUCAGUUUAAUUGCUCUACACGAAAGUACUGCAAAAUACAUUGAAGAUGAUGGGACUAUAGUGCAACUGGAGGAAGGAAAGAUUCGUGGACAUAUCCUUAAAAGUGAGAAGGGUAACGACUACUACGCUUUUCAAGAAAUCCCAUAUGCUGCACCACCUGUAGGAGAAAAUAGAUUUCAACUAGCCAAACCACCUAAACCCUGGACUGGUGUUCUCAAUACCACUAGAAAUACCAAGAUUUGUCAUCAAAACCUAUCACCAUAUACCAACCUUGAACCAACUGAAGAUUGUUUAUAUAUUAAUGUUUACACGCCACAAAAAAAUAUGUUACAGAAACCUGGCAGUAAUAACCUCCUUCCUGUUUUGCUAUACAUCCAUGGAGGAGCAUUUGUUUUCGAAGCAGGUACAUUUGAGUACUUCGGACCAAAAUUUGUAAUAGAUUCUGGCAUUGUUGUUGUAACCUUCAACUGCAGACUGGGAGUUUUUGGCUUUGUUGGAACUAACGAUGGAGUUAUUCCUCUAAAUAUUGGACUUAAAGACCAAAUUUCGGCUAUGGAAUGGGUACAAAAAAAUAUUCAUUUAUUUGGUGGAGAUCCUAAUCAUGUGACUAUAGCUGGUGAGAGUUCAGGAUCAUUGGCUGUUGAUUAUCAUCUUUUAGGGCCAUGGGAAAAUGGCAAACAACUGUUUCAUGCCGCAAUAAUGCAAAGUUUAAGUGUACUUAAUGGUCUGCUCGUACAAGAUAAUGAAACCAACACAGCCUUGUCACUUGGUAGAGCUUUGGAUCCUGAAUUUAAAUCUAAUGAUACAAAGGAACUGUUAAAGGUGCUCCAGAACGCAGAAGCUAGCGAUAUUUUUAAGCUACAGGGAUUCCUCACAAUAGGAGUAUCUCAGGAAACAGAAGGACCGUUCUCCUAUAACGGUUUUGAAGCAUUUUUAUCAGGAAAUUAUAAAAACGUACCUGUACUAUCUGGAUUUACUUCAGAAGAAGCAGCAGGUAUUGCUACUCUAGGUACCACAGACAUAUUAAAAUUUUUCGAUGACAAUCCAAGCCAACUAAUUGAUCCCAAAAUAAAUAUGUCUGCUGAAGAUAGACAUAUUGCUGGUACUUUAAGAAAACAAUUAUAUACACACAACACUAGUUUUGUGGAAGAUUUGGGCGGUUUUAUAAGGUAUUGCAGUGACAGAUUUUUUAUCAAUGCAAUAAUCAAACAAGUUGAAUUAACAUCACCCUAUGUUCCGCACUACUUGUACCGAUUUGCCUACAUUGGAGAAAUAUCAGGACCAUCGUCGAUGCGACCAUCUUUGCCACCAGAUGUAGAUGCUAUUAUGCAUGGUGAAGAUGUUUAUUAUCUUUGGGCAGAUGAAUACAACUCCGAUCUUAGUAAAUUUCCAGAAGCAGAUCAGCUCUUUCUUCACAAGUAUGUCAAACUCUGGACUAAUUUUAUAAAAUUUUACAAUCCAACUCCUGAAGUCGACCCACUGUUGGACAACGUCAUCUGGCUACCAUCUGAACCAAUCUCAUUAAGAUUUCUAAAUCUUAAUGGAACUUUAAGUAUGCAGGAAAAUCCAAGGCAGUUCAAGGAAGUUAACGAUAUUAUGGAAAAGUAUAUGCAACCACCUUUUGUAGUAUUUGAUUAA